AUGGGAGCAAACUUUUCCAAUUUAGAGUCUGUUGAAAAAUCAUCACACUCAUCCCUUAUCCUCACCUUCCAUUCUACUGCUAAAUGGAAGGCUCAUCUUGAUGCCUCCCAAGAAACAAACAAGCUGAUGGUGAUCGACUUCACGGCUACGUGGUGUGGACCUUGCAAAUACAUGGACCCAAUCAUCAAAGAAUUUGCUGGAAAAUACAGGGACGUGGAGUUCGUGAAGAUCGAUGUGGAUGAGUUAAUGGAGGUGGCCCAAGCAUUUGAGGUGCAAGCAAUGCCAACAUUUAUACUGAUUAAGAAAGGCAUAGUAAUGGAGAAGGUGGUGGGAGCCAAAAAGGAGGACCUGCAGAAGCUGAUUGAGAAACGCAGGAAUUGA